AUGAAAGCUCCACAGAACUUGAAGGAGGCUCAAAAAUUGGUCGACAGGAUAACAGCUCUAUCCCGAUUCAUCUCCCAAUCAGCGGACAGAUCAGUGCCCUUCUUCAAAGUACUCAGAAAAGCAUCCGAGUUCCAGUGGGACGAGGAAUGCAUACGGGCUUUCGAGGAGUUGAAGAAAUAUCUAGAGACCUUGCCUUCUUUGUUCAAGCCUAUCACAGGAGAGCCGCUCUGGGUCUACCUAUCUGCCACCCCUGAGACUGUGGGGGCAGUAUUAGUGAAAGAACAAGACAAUGGGAGCGGUGUCGGAGUUCUUCUGAUAUCCCCUCAAGAGGACAUCUUGCAACUGGUCGUGCGGCUAAACUUCAGAGCCACUAAUAAUGAAGCAGAGUAUGAAGCUCUAUUGGUAGGCCUGCAAGCGGCCCGACAUGUGGGAGCCGCUCGAGUUAUCAUUUAUUCAGACUCCCAAUUAGUAACUCAGCAAGUAACUGGUAACUUUGAGAUCAACUGCGACAAGCUGCAAGUAUAUCGGGAGGCUUAUGAGAAGAUGAAAGAAGAAUUCAAGGAGGUCACGAUAGAGCUGCAGAAUAACCAGGACGAGAUCAUUAAUUGGAGAACACCAAUGAUUAGCUAUCUUCAACAGGGCACCCUGCCAACAAACCUAGAACAAGCGUGA